ACUAGCUACUUGUACUUGCCCUUUGGGGUUUUCCCUUAAAGAUCCUUCAGACCGGUCCAAAGGCUGCUCACCUACCUUCAAUUUGACCCAAGAUACAAGCAAGCUAGACUUCCUGGUGCUGCCUUACACAGAUUACUACGGAUAUGAUUUGGAUACCUAUAGACUUGGAAUCUCUUUCGAAGCAUGCAGGAAUUCAUGUCUAGUGGAUCCAAGAUGUUUGGGAUUCGGAUAUGCGCUGGAUGGAUUAGGACAAUGUUUCCCUAAGAGUCUUCUGCUCAAUGGAUAUCGCAUGUCAAAUGUUAAGAGCAUCAUACAUGUUAAGAUUCCUAAAGGUUUUCUGACCCCUGAUGCCGUCCAAAGCAAUCUAGAAACGCAUGAUUUGAAUUGUUCUGCAGCUCAGUUGAUUGUAAGUACUGAUCUCGAAACAGAAAAGAGCAAUAAAAACCAGUACAUGAAGUACCUUAUUGCAUUUUUCAGUUCCUUUGGAGUAAUUGAAGCAAUCUGCAUUGGUUUAACAUGGUGGUUUGUGUUCCGAAAGCAAGCUCAUGAGGAAAUGGUGAACAUGGGGUACAUGGCAUUAGCCAUAAAUGCUGUAGGAUUUAAACGAUUCACAUACGCAGAACUAAAGAAAGCAACCAAUAACUUCAAACAGGAGAUAGGAAAAGGAGGGUUCGGAACAGUCUAUAAAGGGGUCCUGGAUGGUGAAAAAUAUAUAGCUGUGAAGAGAUUAGAAGGCAUCAUGCAAGGAGAUGCUGAAUUUUGGGCAGAGGUGAGUGUCAUAGGGAAUAUCAAUCAUAUGAACUUGGUAAAACUAUAUGGUUUCUGUGCUGAUAAUGAUCAUAAGCUCUUGGUGUAUGAGUACCUGGAGAAUGGAUCCUUGGAUAAACUCUUGUUUUCAGAUGUUGAACUUGGACUGGAAAAGCGGUACAAGAUUGCAUUAGGCACGGCAAAGGGCUUGUCAUAUUUGCAUGAAGAGUGCCUUGAAUGGGUGCUCCACUGUGAUGUAAAACCUCAAAAUAUACUGUUAGACGACCAUCUUGAACCUAAGGUGGCAGAUUUUGGCAUGUCCAAGUUGUUCAAAGACAUUCAUGAUGAAGGCGAUAAAUUUUCGAGAGUUCGAGGCACCAGAGGUUACAUGGCUCCAGAGUGGAUGGUGAACCUAAAAAUUGAUGCAAAGGCAGACGUCUAUAGCUAUGGGAUUGUUCUGUUGGAGCUACUGAGUGGAAAGAGUGCCUCUAUUCUGCUUUCAGCUUUUGCACAAGAGUGCAUUGAACAAAAACAACUGGUACAAUGUGUGACUGAAAAGAUCAGAGUUGAAGGCCUUAAGGAAGUGAUAGACCCCCGACUUCAUCAUGAUUUCAACGAAAAGAAGCUCGAAAGAUUAAUGAAGGUUGCUCUAUUGUGUGUACAAGAAGAUCGAAAUGCACGACCUGCCAUGAGUAAGGUGGUGGAGCUUCUACUUGAGUGAAAGGUGCAUGAUGAAGAACUGAAGAUCAGAGAAUAGAAACUACAAGUUAAU